GGAGGAAGAAACAGAUCAUUGCUUAUCAUAAAUAAGUCAAGCGAGGCUCAUCUCAAACUCAAGCUCUAUGUCUCCUGUGAUCCAGUAUGCUUCAUACCGCAAACAUCAAAGGAAAUCAAGCCAAAUGGUAAGCUGUUUUACACCAGCGAAUAGGGGUGCAAGCUCGAGUUAACCGCAGUGUUAAAAGAUCCAAAGCAACCGAAAAAGGUCCUUUUAAAACCACAGCAGUGGGUUGGGAAAAAGUAUGUAAGGAUCACGGAAUCUCUCAACGUAAUCGAGGAUGACCUUUCUAAUUAUCCAAAAGAAGAGAAAGAGGGUCUCCGCAAAAUAAACAGGGAUAAAGAGCUAGGACCGACGUCUAAUGGGCGGCGCAAUUUUUACCACAUUUUGAGGCUAGAUAUGGACGAAGUUCGUAAACUGUCACAGAAUAAUCAGGAUAAAGAAAUUGCGAGGGCGUUCCUCAGCGAGUUGCAGAUUUGGCAUCCUGAUCAUAAUGGAGAUGGUGAUGUUGCCAUGGUCCGUGAGUUGAUAAUGGCGUACAGCAUUUUAAAAGAUCGAGAAAAACGUGCACGGUACAACAACUUGGCGGACUACGACAAAGGGUGGCUGUCGGGUAAACGAUUCAAAGCUGUGUUUUGGCCUGAGUGGGAGACCGUUGCUCAAAGACUGGCAUGGAUGAAAAGAAUGGGUCUCCUUGCUUUAUCGGCUGGUCUUACAAUCGGAGGAAUCGUAACAAUUGUUUUAACCGCUGGUCUAUCAUCUCCUUGGUCACAAUGUGCUGUCAAAGGUGGUUUCGAUUCUUUACGCGAGACUAUUAGCAAGGAGGCAGUCUUGGAUGGACGUGAUGUUCAAAAGCACCUCAUUUCAACAGGUGCUGGAUAUCUCCUUGCCUUUCUUCCGGGUGGAGCGGCCAUAGGAGCAUCCCUUGUGCAGUCUACAGCACUUUCAGCGAGCGAGUUCUUAGGAAUAAGAAUUGCCAUUGCCAUGCACUGGAUGUGCAACUGUAAAAUCUCUGGGCACAGAUGC